AUGCUGAUACAAAAACAAGAAAACUUGAAGAGACAACAAGAACAAAAGAAGGAUUUCUGUGCACAAGUUACUGUUCAACUUAUGUUGAAGGAGAUUCAAAAGGGUUCCAAUGCUGAGAACAUUGUGUUGUCUCCGUUAUCAUACACUGCUGAGGAGGUGGUAAAAGAAGCUAAGUCAUGGGCUAAGUCUGCAACAAAAGGCCUUAUUGAUGAAGUUCUCAAGCCCAAGCACAUCAAGGAAAGUACAGUCCUCUUACUUGGAAACGCCUUAUAUUUUAAAGGUACAUGGAAAGAUAAUUUUAUUGAAAGCCUCACUCGAGACAAGGAUUUUUACCUACUCAAUGGAGGCAAGGUUCUAGUUCCCUUCAUGACUGGUUGUCAUAGUUAUUUAUAUGGAUCAUUUGAAAGUUAUCAAGUGGUUAAAAUUCCUUAUGAAAAAGGGAAGAAUGAUAAAAAAGUCUUCUCCAUGUACUUUUUUCUUCCUAAUGAAAUAUUAACAAAAGUGAACUCUGAUUCCAACUUCUUCACACAAGAUUUCGAGCUGUGGAAUGAAUACCUUGCUGCAUUUUACAUUCCAAAGUUCAAAUUCUCAUUCAUGACAGAAGAAGGGAAAACAACAAUGCAGGAUAUGGGAAUGAAACUACCUUUUGACGAAUCUUGCAUGGACCUAACAGAGGUUGUGGAGAAUAAAGAUGAUUUAUAUGUCUCCAUGAUAAUACAGAAAGCAUUUAUAGAAAUUGAUGAGAAAGGUACUGAGGCUGCUGCUGUUACUUUCGAGUCAGAAGAUGAUAUGGGAUGUUGUUUGGAUGAUGGUCCUCCAAAAAAGUUCGAAGCAGAUCAUCCAUUCUUGUUCAUGAUCAGAGAAGAGACAACAAGUUCGGUAUUUUUCACUGGAAUUGUAGUAAAUCCUCUGUUAAGUGGAUCCGAUGAUAGUACAGCCAGGGACUGAUUUUACCAAAAUCUUGAGAGGCUGGUAGCUAGCUUGUUUAGUUAUUUUUAGAUUUUUAAAGAUCUGGGUCUAUGA